AUGGUGGAAAAGAGAAAUCUUGUUUUCAUUUGUGUUCUGUUUUUGGUCAUCAAUACCAUCAAUGCUGAAGACCCAUACAGAUUUUUCACUUGGAAAGUCACUUAUGGUGACAUUUAUCCUCUGGGUGUUAAGCAACAGGGAAUAUUGAUAAAUGGGCAGUUUCCUGGACCUCAAAUCAAUUGUGUUACUAAUGAUAACUUGAUUAUUAGUGUCUACAAUUACUUGAAUGAGCCAUUUCUCCUUUCUUGGAACGGGCUGCAACACCGAAGAAACUCAUGGCAAGAUGGUACUUACGGUACGAGUUGUCCAAUCCCACCAGGAAAGAAUUUCACUUACAUGCUUCAAGCGAAAGAUCAAAUCGGUAGCUUCUUCUACUUUCCGUCACUCGGCCUUCACAAGGCCGCCGGCGGCUUUGGCGGCAUUAAGAUCUACAGCCGCCCUCGGAUUCCUGUUCCUUUCCCUUUCCCCGCCGGAGACCACACUGUCCUUGCCGGAGAUUGGUACAAAAGAGGCCACCAGAGGCUAAGACACAUUUUGGACUCCGGUCGAAACAUUCCUUCCCCGGAUGGACUUCUUAUCAACGGCCGUGGCUGGAAUGGUUACAGCUUUGGUGUCGAUCAAGGGAAAACAUAUAGAUUUAGAAUAUCAAAUGUAGGGUUGACAACAUCCAUCAACUUCAGAAUCCAAGGGCAUACCAUGAAACUUGUGGAGGUGGAGGGAUCACAUACAGUCCAGAACUCCUACAAUUCCCUGGACCUUCACCUCGGGCAGUCCGCGUCGGUUUUGGUCACCGCCAACCAGCCGGUGAGAGAUUACUAUGUGGUCGUGUCUUCGCGGUUCACCCGCCGUGUCCUCAUGACCACGGGGGUCCUCCAUUACCGCAACUCGAGGAUUGGAGUGUCGGGCCCGCCACCUGGUGGCCCGACAACCCAGAUUGCCUGGUCCCUCAUGCAGGCAAGAAGCAUGAGAUGGAACUUAACCGCAAGCGGGCCCAGACCGAACCCGCAAGGGUCAUACCAUUAUGGAAUGAUAAAACCGAGCCGUACGAUAAUGCUGUCGAAUUCGGCUCCGUGGAUCAACGGCAAGCAACGAUAUGCGGUCAAUGGUGUGUCGUUUGUUCCCGGAGAUACGCCUUUGAAACUAGCCGAUUAUUUUAAGAUCGGUGGAGUCUACAAUCUUGGGGGCAUUCCCGACAAAUCGUACUCCAAUGGAAACGCAUAUCUUUCGACUUCCGUCAUGCACGCCGAUUUCCGUUCGUUUGCCGAGAUUGUGUUCCAAAACUGGGAGGAUACCGUUCAAUCGUGGCACAUCGAUGGCUACUCGUUCUUUGUUGUCGGGAUGGAUGGCGGGCAGUGGACGCCGGCAAGUAGAUCACGAUAUAAUCUAAGAGAUACCGUUGCUCGUAGUACGACUCAGGUGUACCCGAGGGCGUGGACGGCGAUCUAUAUCGCGCUCGAUAACGUCGGGAUGUGGAACAUACGAUCGGGGAACUGGGCACGUCAGUAUCUGGGACAACAGUUUUAUCUGAGGGUGUAUUCUCCGGCGCAUUCAUGGAGAGACGAGCUGCCGAUCCCGAAGAACGCGCUGCUUUGUGGUCGAGCUCGAGGGCGACACACAAGGCCACUUUGAGGCUAGCCGAUGAUGGGUUCGAUGCAGAUUGUCACGAGAGGGUGGCAACCUGGGUCGGGUCUCGUUAGGAACUACUUGUUCCGGUUUACGGGAAGUUAAGUUUGGUUUGUUCGAUUGCCGCAUUAUUCGUUGUAGAUUUUGAACCGGGUUUUCCCAUUAUUGGGCAUUGAGUUGUUCAUCGAUUCUCAAAUUGUUUGUUGGCUCGUUC